AUGCUCUCCGAAGAGGAUCGACUGGCUUCCUUUGCCACCGCCUCGUCAUCCACAUCAGCAGCCAAGAAGAGGCAAUCCACAAAACCAACAGCUUCCUCUUCUUCCUCCUCCUCCUCCUCCUUCUCCUCUUCCUCCUUACUCCAAUGGCCACAUCCCGUCACGGCCCGCAGCGCCAAAGCAUCAGGCAUUCCAACACCUGCCAUUCUCGCCAAGCAUGGCUUCUAUCACGCACCCACAUCAGCAGCGCUCGACGCCGUCUCUCACUUCCUCUAUCCACAUGUACAGAUCGACAACUGGCAAAUGGGCGACGAUCCACUUAGUCGACUCGAGUUGGCACUACCCAACAACGGAUGGUGUCGAAUCUUUCGCAGCCAUGAAGAAGCUACUUUGCACGAGGAAAGCGGCAAAUGGAUCUUUGAAACACCAGAACUGCUGCCAACGAGCAAGGAGAUGAUUCAAGCGCGAAAAGAAACCUUCGGUAGCAACUGGCCCUAUGAUGGCAAGAAAGGUUGGAAACCAACUAGCAAGAAGCUCGCAGAAGCAGGCUUUUACUUUACACCGAAUCAAGAGGAAGCCGACAAUGCCAAGUGCAUCUACUGUGGGAAAGCGCUGGGCGGUUGGGAGAAGUCGGAUGAUCCCAAUCACGAGCAUAAACGACGUCAUCCCGAAUGUGCCUUCUUCAAUCACCAGUUGAGAGAGCCGGUGCAGCAGGAGGCAGCUCCAGUUGAAGAGAAGGAUGAGGAGCAAAAACCUCUUGUCGCAACCAAGAAGGGAGGCAAGCGUGCUGUCUCUGCGACAACACGGAAAGCGUCCACCAAGAUCAGAAAAGCAAACAAGUCUACGGCAGCAGCAGCACAGGAUCAAGAUGACAAAGAGGAGGAGGACGACAACAACAACAACAACAACAACAAAGAUGUUGAAGCCAAAGUUGAACAAGAGCCGGUGGUGCCUCCAAGCAAGGCUGGUCGCAAGGCACGCAGCGUAUCGUCAAAAAAGACAGCAGCAAAAGCCGAGGUUGAGCAAGAAGAGGCAAAGGAAGCCGAACAACCUGCAGCAGAAGUGGAAGAGGUGCCGGUCAAAACUCUCAGAACCAAGAAGAGCGCUACUGGUCUCGGCAAUGGCAAUCAAGCAGCUCCAGCUCGGCCAUCGCGUGCUGCAAGUCGAAGAGCUACCAAGGCCAUCGAGAUCCUCUCAGCAGAUGCUGAUGUUGAUCGCAUUCCUCGCAGACCCGAUAAGGAGGACCUCGAGAAGCGAGAGUUGACAUUGUCGGAUCCGAUUCCAUUCCCUUCAUCGCCCAACGACGACGACGACGACGAGGAGCCAGCACCGGCAACGGAUCCUGUCGGCCCGCCAGCUAAAGCAAAGAGGAGUCGAUCCAAGUCCAAGAAGCUCGACCAGGCUACGACACCCAAGGAGCCUACUCCCGAGCCUGAACCGGAGCCAGAGGUCGAAGAUGAUGAUGCAGCGCCAAUGCAGGAAGACAAGACCAUCGUUGAGCAUGACGCAUCCGAAGUCGAGGAGGAGGGAGGGCCGGAACCUGUCGAAGAGCCAAAGCGAAGAGGUGGACGAGCUGCCAAGGCAAGUACAGUAGCGAGCACUUGCACCAAGACAUGGUCGACUGCAACAAGAUCGCGUAAAGCAUCUGCAAAGGUUGCCGCUGCAGUCCCUUCAUCACCAGUCCCUUCAUCACCAGUCCCUGCAUCACCAGUCCCUGCAUCACCAGUCGAAGUCGAAGUCGAAGAGGAGAUGGGGUCAGAUGGCGCAUCCCUCCUCGCAUCCGAAGCAGAGGUUGAAUCGGCACGUCAACGCUCCACUUGCUCCGUCUCAAGCGCAAUCCCCGCCGUUCCUAGCAAAAGUAAAACAAUAUCCUCGUCCUCGAGCGAUCUCGCUUCAAGCACAAGCAGCCGCAAGCUCCCAACAUGCUCGCCCUCGUCGUCCUCAACCAAGCGCGGCGCAUCGAGCACCAAGUCAACGCCUCUCGCCUCGGAAGCAGACACGGAAGUCGAGCUGCUGACCAACACUGGUUCUCAAGCCACCAUUCGUGGCACACGUCGAUCCUCUCCGCUUGCAUCCAGCAGCCCUCGGCCUCGUACCAGUUGUCCACUCUCGCAACUACCUCAGCUGCCAAGGUUGGACCUGGACGAGGCGCAAAGGGCAAUGACGUUGGGCGAAUGGUUGCAGAUGAAAGCAGAAGCUGCAGCACAAGAGAUGCGCGACCAGGGUGAAGCUGGAUUAACCGAGUUGGACAAGAAUGUGCGAUUGGGUCGGAUCGAGAUGGAGAGACGCUUGAGAGGCAGAGCAUAA